AUGCUGGGCGAAGGAGUGGCCCAGGAAGCCAUGGCCCCGGCCUUCCGAACGCGACGCACCCGGUGCUCGGCCGCCGCCACCCCACAAUGCACCGCGCGGCCCGAGCGCCCCAGAGGAACUCCCGACGCUGCCCAGGCGCCUGCAGGGCCGGCCUUGCCCGCAGGGCCUGGCCCCGGGCGCCGCCGGCAGUGCAGGUGGACUGCACGCGAGGCGACCGCUCCAGCCGCGUCGACGGCGACACUCACCGCAGGACGCCUUGCCCUCCUCCAAGUCGCAGUAGCCGCAGCGGGAGCCGGCCUUGAGCCCCUUGUACUCCACCACGGAGGCCAUGGCAGCCUCCAGGGUCCGCGCGGGCCGGCCACGCCUCUCGGCGUCCGGGUGGACGGCGGCGGGGCACGGGGGCCCGCGGCGGGGAGGAGCGGAGAGCGAGGCCCGGCGAGAUUGGCCUGGGUCAAAAAUACUCAAGACUCUCGGAUUGCAGCGGGUUCCCAGUCUCCAUUAGAAAAGAAGAUUGAGAGUUUAGGUGGUGUCCACUCUUCAGAAGUGAGGAAACUGUUAGACCAAGAGUUCCAACAGGAGAAUGAAACACUUUGUCAACUUAAGGAGACGUCUUCAGACUUCCGGUUUGCCCAAGCAGAGGCGUAUUACUACCGCAAACACCAAGAAAUGAUGCUGGAAGAAGCGUGGAAAUACAGAACGGUUCCAAAAUGGGAAAUUAAAACAGAGGAAAAGAGACCACAAAGUGAAAAAACGGAAGAUGCCAAAAUGUGGGCCUACCUAGUGCCUGAGAGGGCACUGAACCGGACAGGGAAGCACAUUAGCCAAGCCCAACGAGCUCAAGGCCUCAGGGACCGCAAGUAUCGGCUCCUCCCUCAGAAAAUUCCAAGUGAAACACUUUUCCCCAAAACAUUAACACGGAAGGAUAAAACGACUGAAAAUAUCCAGAAAACACACAGAAUUAAAACCAGAAAGCACGAGGUGGCAUGGACAGAGGAACAGAUAAAGGGACAUCAGGAUCGCAUGGUUCGAGGAAGAGAACUCACAGAGCAAAGAAAUGAUCAACAAAGUGCUCAGCAGCUCUCUGCCCAGGUCCCUCCGUCCCUGAAAUCUCAAGUGGAGAAAGAGGAGGUAAAAGAAUUUGAGUGGGUCACAGCCUACCCCAUUGCCCAGCCUUACCAGGAAGCACUUAUAAAAGUGACUAUUUUGAUGGAAAAGUCAAAAAAAGAAGAUAAAAUUAAAAAACCACUCUGCAGAGAGUUCUUGAGUAUACCACCAUUUUUGAGAAGUCAAUUGGAAAAAAAUAAACCUUAAAUUUUCUAGGUUCCUGAAUUUCUUUGUUAAGCUAGCCUAUUUUCAUAGUUGUUAGUGUUGUAAAAUCCCAUAUUGCCUAAUUUUAUUUCUAAGUGCAUCAAACUGGAAAAAAGAAGUUAAGCCACAAGGACAGCACGCCAAGUGUCUCAGCUACCUACGUAACUACCCCGACACUUAGUGACUUAAAAGCACCACUGUUUUAUUAUACCUCCCAAUUCUGUACAGGAAUUCAGGCAGAGCCCAGCUAGGCAACUUCCCUGCCCCAUAUGUGGCAUCACUGGAACGGCUUGAGGGCAUCCAGGCGGUGGCUGGGUCAGUCCGGAGGGCCCAAGACCACUGCCCCACAAGCCCUUGGCAGGGACAGCUGGAAGGCUGGGCUCAGCCAGUCCCUCUGCCUGUGUCCAUGUGGUUUCAGGGCCACUGGCAGGUGGACAUUUUACAUAGUAACUCCUGGUUCUAAGAGACUGGUCAGUCAGAGCUUAUGACCCAGCGCCAAAAGCCCCAGAACAUCACCUCUGCUACAUUCUGCUGCUCAGACAAGUCAGCAAGACCAGCCCAAAUUCAAGGAGAGAGGAAACAGACUUCCUCUCAAAAACAUUUGCAGCCGUUAUAUUUCCUCUAGCACCCCAAGGCUCUGGGAAGUCCACCACACGCCUCUAUUUUACUUUUCAUUGUUCUUUAAACACCGCUCAUAAAAACUAAACGAGUAUUUUUAUAUGAACAGAGAAACCUACAACUUCACAGCUCCUGAGUUAAGAGGCCCGGCUUCCCCUCUGCAGAGAUAAAUGUAGACAAAGGGUGUGAACGCCCGUUGCAGUUAUUAUACAGAUAACACCUCAUCUCGCACUCUCCAAUUCCCUUAAAAUUCAGAGAUGUCACAUACCGAAGCCUAAGCUGCAGCCCUGCCAGAGAUCCAAGGCUCUAGGACAUGGCCUCUCUGGGGCUGACAGUCUAUUUGGAAACGAGAACAAUAGUAAAAUAAAGGAGCACAUGCCCAAUUCUGUAGUGUAAGAACCUCUUUGAGAAUAUGGACCAGCAAGUGGGGUAGCAGUGUAUGGGGAAUGCACCUCAGAAUGAAACUCCUUAGAUGAGCAGAGCAGCCAGGAGGAAAGCAUGGCCCUGCUUCAGCACACGCCUACCCGCUGCCAUCGGCACAGAGCAGAGGCAGGCACAGCCCUGGCCCUGGGGCUCCCCUGGGAGAGAAACACCAGUUAACGAGAUGAGCACAAGCAGGACAACUGAGGCAAGAACAAGGUGCUAUACCAAAACACUAAGUUCUGGAGGAAAAGAAAGGCUUUGGGGCUGACACGAGUUUGUUUUUUAAAAGGUAACACAUAUUGUCUUUUUUAUUCAGAUGUUUUAAAGAAGUGGCCCAUAAUCUCCAGCCAGAUAACUUCUGGUGAUAAUUUUAAAAAAUACCAAGAAAGUACAUGGUUAGAAAAUUCAAAUAAUUACAUAAAGGUAUGAAAUGCAAAGUAACCUUUGCCACCUCAGUUUGCAAAAGGUAUGUUUAAGUUUCUUACCGGAAGCAAGUCUGGAACAGGCAGAAGGUAGAUGGAUAAAGGGAAGAAAGCAACUCUAAACCCACGCACUUGAAGUCAUGAAGCAGAGACCAUGUAUUGUGUGAUUCUAUGCAUGUGGUAUCCGGAAUAGGCAACUCAUGGGGACAGAAUUAGGCAAAUGUCGACAGAAAGUGGGUUGUUGGUUGGGCAGGGCUAAAGGGUGAAGAGGUAGGUGAGGAGGGGUGAGACUGCUUCCUCAUGCAGAAUCAUGGGGCAUGGGGACAAGAAUGUUUUAAAAUUAGGUUGUGGUGAGGCCCACACAGCCCAUGAAUGGACUGAAAAACAGUGAACUGUGUACUUUAAAUGGGUGGCUAGUAUGGUAUGUGACACGGAUCUCAGUAAAGCUGUCUAACCAAAUGAAAGACAUGGCUAGAGUAUAGAAAGGAAGGAAGUGGGCCCAGAGAUGUAGGCAAAGGGGCCAAUGAUGAAGGCUUCCAGUGUCACCAAGAGCUCAGGUUUUUCAACAGGGAAUUGUUGAGAAACAGACAAGUGGUUUGGAAGAUACGGAGAACAGACAGAUAGGAAGCAGGGGAUACCACAUGGAAGCCUGCGGCAGAAACCUGGACAAGAUGGAGAAAAUCAAGUAACAGAUGGGAAUUAGUGACCAACUAA